AAUUUCCGACGCUCGUGAACGCAGCACUGCGCUCAGUUUCCUGUUUGCUCAGACUCGACUCCACCGAGCUCCGCCGCUGCGCUGUUGUCGCUUUUUGGGGCUGGAUGUGAGCGUAGAGCCGUGUGAAGUGAGCGUCCGCCCUUCCUGGGAUAAGAAACUGACGUAAAGAAGCCGGAGCCGAAGAUUACAUUCCAAAUUGAAGCUCAAAUAUUCUGAAUUUACUCCAAACGGUCUCGUCUUUUGCUCCCCGGUGGCGUUUAAAGCCGGUUGGGAAAAAAAUCAUCCACCGAGUAGAAGACAAGAACACUGCGUGAGCCUCUGUUUUGCUCUUGCAGACAUGGCUGAUCUGCUGGACCUGCUGCUGCGGGUGGCUGAGAAGGCUGCAAAUGUGGCCCGGGUCUGCCGGCAGGAAGCCCCUCUCUUCCAGCUCCUCGUGCAGGAGAAGACCGGAGCGGAUAAGAACAAGAAGUUUGUGCAGGAUUUUAAGACGCUGGCCGACGUGGUGAUCCAGGAGAUGAUCAGACACGACGUGGGCGCUCAGUUUCCCGAAAUAGCAGCUUUUAUUAAAGGAGAAGAGUCCAACAAGUUUGAAAAUGGGCUUGGAGAAAGUGUGACGGUCACAGUUUGCGGCACAGAGGAGGAGACAGCAACGCUCCUGGCCACGGUGCUGGACGGUGACCACACAGCAGCGUCUCUGCUGGCCAAAGCCAUCCACCAGGACCCACACACCAUAGAAUCCAGCAUAGAUGGACCCACGGUACCUCUCAAUCCCUCUGAGCUCGGCAUUUGGAUUGACCCUAUAGAUGCCACGAGUCAAUACAUUGAGGGCCGUGAGGAGGUGCUGGAGGAGAACCACUUGUCCCCUUCAGGCCUGCACUGUGCUCUGGUUCUGAUCGGAGUUUACGUCCGGAGCACAGGCCAGCCUGUGAUGGGGGUCAUCAACCAGCCGUUUCACCACAAAGACCCAGCCGGUGGAGGCUGGAGAGGAAAACAUUAUUGGGGCGUUUCCUAUGGCAACAUCCACGUCUGCUCAGAGUCGCCCCCUAAAGGCCCAACAGAGGCUGAGCGGGGGCUUUCUGUGGUGCUGAGCUCCAGUGAGAAGACGGUGGUGAAGGAAGCUCUGACCUCGCUGUGCGGCCCCGACAGGCUGAUGUACGCGUCGGGCGCCGGUUACAAGAUCCUGUGUGUGAUUCAGGGCCUGGCCGACGCUUACGUCCUGUCAGAGGGAAGCACGUUCAAGUGGGACUCCUGCGCGCCUCACGCGCUGCUCCGGGCCAUCGGAGGCGGCGUGGUGGACUUGAGUUUGACUUCUAACUGUGGAGCGCAGGAUCAAAAGACGGAACUGACCUACCACCAGCCCAACGCCGACUGCACGGGAGCGGACCUCUGGGCUAACCGUGGCGGUCUGGUGGCGUAUCGAGACUCUUCUCAACUCCAGAGAAUCAUCCAGGCUCUUAAAGACAAACUGUAGCUGACAGAAAUACAUCAAACCGGAAGCAGCAGUGAAAUAUUUUAGUCAUACGUGUUCUAUUUUAUCAGAUUUUCAUGCAAGUGUAGAUGUUGCAGGAUUUAUGUCAUGUUGCAAUAAUCCUUUUAGGCUAAAAAAUGUUUAUUUUUCAAUCUUAUAAAUAGAUUUAUUUAAAACUUGAAAGCAUUUAUCACAGAAACAUAUUUAGCGUCUUGAUGAUUAAAAAUCAAGAACAGAAACUUGUUGCAUUUAAGCUGACACCAGCAAAACCAGUUUAUUAUUUUAAAACCUCCCUUGAAAUUCCAAAUCAUCUUCAAGUGAAUGAACUGAAACUUCACAUCUUCACAGCGUGUGAGGCGAGCAUCAUCUGGUCUUUGAUCUAGCUUGAGGUGAUGCUGAGAAACACUGAAAGUAUCCCAAAGCAUCUAUUUCAAAAUGUGGUCUAGAGACACUCACACAGUGAGAGAUGUGUGUGAAUCAUCUUAUCAGAAGAAGAAGAAGAGCAGCCUGUCCUUUUUGUGAAAUGGCCGAAACAGUUAAAGUCAGGAGUUAUAAGAACAUUUGUGGUUUUAGCCACAUGCAGUGUUGGGUCAGGUUGAAUGAUGGGAUGUCUGCAGGCAGCAUUUUAGUAAUGUGUGAUCAAACAAUCACGGAAAGAGUUUAAAUAUAUACAGAAAAUACAAUUAGGAAACUUAUUUUUAAGUAGGUGAAGUGAAAUUUAAAACUGACAGCACUUAAGUCACUUCUAUAUCUCCUUGUUGAUUGAUGUUAUUUUUUUUUCUUCUUUUUAUGCGCUAUACGUUUGCAUAUUCUGUUUAAACACUGAGGAUUAAAAUGUUUUUUUCAAACUGG